AUGGAGAAACCACCACCAAAUUUAGUUCAAUUAGGUUCAAUCAAUGCCUUCAAAUCUAAAAACUACCCACAAAAAGCUAAGGAAGUUUCUUUCUUUGCCUUCGUCUUCUCUAUUUUUAUCUAUAUCUCUAUUUUCUAUAUUUUCAAUCUCUCCCCUUCAAAGCUCUUUAACAACACUAAAUUUUGGUUCGUCAUUUCCAACACUCUAAUCCUCAUCAUUGCGGUGGAUUAUGGUUCAUUCUCUUCUUACUCAAAACGCAUUAAUAAACACGAUGUUUAUGAAGAGUACGCAGUAAUGAGGAGGCAAAGAAGUGUUCCAUCUUUCCCAAUAUACCCGGAAAUUAUCAAGACAGUACGGUUGCAUGCAGAAGAGGCUGAAAAAGAUAGUCCAGAAAAGAGAGGAGCUAUCCACCGAAGAAAAUUGUCUAUUGUUCAUGAAAGUGACGACAAUGAAAAUCCCCCCGCCGUGAAUCCCCAAGAAAAGAGGCUAGAAACUAGUACUGCCAUAAAACGUGGUGAAGCUUAUCGUAACAAGAAGAAGCUUGUUGUAGCAAAAAGUCUUCAACGUAGUAAGUCAGAGAUUGUUAAGCGGGUGGUGAUUGAUGAGAGUAAGAACGUUAUACGUAGAAUAGAAACUGAAAAGUAUGACCCACCAGACUCUGUUGAAGAAAAAAAUGAGUAUGCAAAUCUGUCCAAUGAAGAAUUAAAUAGAAGAGUUGAGGACUUUAUUCAGAGGUUCAAUAAACAAAUUCGGCUUCAAGGAGAAGCUUAUUCCAAAAUUCGGUAG